AGGGAGCCCCGCGCGCGCGCCGCUAACUACGACAUGUACCGACCAGCACGCGCUCCGUUUGGAAUGAGAGGAGGAAGAAGAAGAACCUGUACGUCGGGAUGAACGCAGGGAGCGAGCGCGCGCCGCGACGUUGCCGCACUUUCCCAAAUUGAGAGAGAGAGAGAGAGAGAGAGAGAGAGAGAGAGAGAGAGACAGGGGCUGCAGAAACACACAGGGUCUGGGUGACUGUAUAACCAUGGCAACAGCAGCAGCAGCAUCAGAAGCACGAGAAGCGGGGAUAUAAACACUGCAUCCAUCCGUCCGCCCCGCAAACAGACCGAUUUCAGUCCGUUUCAGGCUCGGAGCUGGAGCCGAACCCUCUGCGGACAUCACAGCACAUCGCUGCUAAGGUGAUGAGUGGGACUGGAUCAUGUCUGAAGUACAGGGAACGCUGGAGUUUUCUGUAGAACUGCACAAGUUUCACAAUGUGGAUCUGUUUCAGAGGGGCUUCUACCAGAUACGAGCAGCACUGAAAGUCUCACCUCGAGUGCCCCACAGGUUGACCGUGACAACUGCAGACAAUGCAGGAGAGUGCAGCUUCAGCUCCAUGGGGGUGUACGACGGCAGCGUCUUCAGCCGGAUCUUUCAGAUCCUCUACAGAAACGAGGAGAUUGCUGUCAACGACUGCAUGAUCUUCAAAGUCCACCUACUGCUGGAUGGAGAAAGGUUGGAGGAAGCCUUGAGUGAGGUGGACUUCCAGUUGAAGUUGGAUCUUCACUUCACCGACAAUGAGCAGCAGUUGGCAGAGAUAGUGACGGUCCCAUUGAUCAGCAGUCGGACCCUGAGGCUCCACUUCCAUCCGCGGCGAGGCCUUCACCAUCACGUCCCUGUCAUGUUUGACUACUUCCACUUGUCUGUCAUUUCUGUCUCCGUGCAUGCCUCACUGGUUGCCUUACACCAACCGCUAAUCAGCUUUGCGCGCACGGGGAAGGGCACCUGGCUGGGGAAAGGCUCGCCUGAGAGCGUGAGCGACCCGUCUGCUGUGUCUGUGGAGAACCUGGUGUUCGGAGCUGGCUACUGCAAGCCUGUCAUCUCUGAGGGAAGCUUUUAUGUGCCCAGUGAAAACUGCCUGCAGAGAGCUCAUACGUGGCACCGGAGGCUCUGUCGCCUCCUGCUGGCCGCGCACAGAGGGCUGCAGGCCUACUGCAGCUCGCUGAGGCAGGAGAUCCCGCAGCUGCAGCUGGUUCCACUGGAGUCAGAGUUGCUGCCUGUAGAGGAAAUUCUAAACCAGCUCUCCAUAGAGUUACAGCUGCAGGAAGGCCAUGAGAAGGUAGCCGAACAGAUCAGCAGGGACGUGAGCCAGCUCUGCUCCCAGCUGGCUGCGCUGUGGAGCCGUUUCCUGGAGACAGCUGUGCUCAACCCCUACGUCCUGUCCUAUCUGGCCCAGGAGCAUCACACGCUUAGAGUCAGAAGGUUCUCAGAGGCAUAUUUCUUCACCGAACACCCAAAAGAGAUCUGUUUGACGUUUCAGGAAGAACUAAUCAACAGGCACGGCCAGAUAGCUGCAGAAGUGCGGAGCUCUGACUACUUGACCAAAAUGCCUCCUUUGCCCGUCGAGUGCCUGGACAUCGAUGGAGACUGGAACAGCCUGCCCAUCAUCUUUGAGGACAGAUAUGCAGAGUCUUUGCUGACAGAAACGGUAUUGCAUGUGCCAGUAGAAGAAACCACCAAAGAAUUCUCCCCCAAACGGAUUCUUCAUAGCAGCCAGGAAGCAAAAUCACCAGCAUUAUCCCGGCAUUCCUUGGAUAGUGAAGAAUGCAUAGACACUCCGGUCCAUGUCCCAGUCAAAGCGGGUCAAAGGCAAAAUGAUGUAAUAGAUACCCAGAACAACAUCCACACUGAGCGUGAUACAGAAGAUUCCAUGGUUGACGAUCAGAAGUUGAAGGAAGCAGCAGAAAGUCAUAACAUUGAUGAUGAACCCUUUCCUACAGAUCCAUCUCCUGGAGAGGGAGCUCUUGUUCUUUCCUCCGAUUGUACCAACAGUGGUAAAGAGUCUCCUGUUCUCAAUGGAAGAGAAAACUUUUCUGUACCUUGUGAUGGUAACAACCAUAGCACAACCAGUGAGCAAAAAAACACUGAAGAGGACAGUGAUGUCGCUAUGCCUUUAAAUCAUUCAACGGAUGACGACAGCGAAGAUGUUCCCCCCAACAGCGUGAGUCCUGCUUUGCCUCCCUUCCCCGGAGACCUCAGGAAAGAAACGACUCAUCGUGGAGGCAUGGUAAGCUCAAAGAUCAUGAAGCGCUCGUCGUCCGUAAUCUCAGACUCGGGUAUCGAGAGCGAGCCGAGCUCGGUGGCGUGGCCCGUGGAAGUCGCGCUUCUGGGACGACCUUCUCUAGAUUUCUCUAGUGAGCGGGAGAUCCCGAAACAAAUCGUGUUGGACCACCCAGUCCAUCGCAGCUGUCUGGAAGGCCUGCGGAUGGAGAGCAACGGCAGCCUUCCAAGUGGAGGCAUACAGGCCUCUCUCACCUCAAUUAGCUCUCUGCCCUACGAGGAGGACCAGCAACAACGGAAACUCAGCAAACUGACUAAGUCUGUCUCUGCGCCGCAAAUAAGCAGCCCAGAAGAUGCGGAGGAAGAUCACAUUUUAAUCGGUUUGGAAAAAGACAGGACAAGCUCAGUGUGUCAGCAGGAUUUGUGCAUUUUGAACAUGGAUUCAGAACAAUCUGAGUUGUCUCAGCUAAGCCUAAACACUGACCACAUUGGUAGGAGCGUGGGCUCAGAAAAUUCAAACUCUCAGCAGGAUUUGUCAGAGACCUGUGGAAGAAAGUUGGUCUUAAGUGGCGUGUCUGACAUGUUACUUUCCCAAAACUCCAUAGAGAGGCUUUUCGUAGUGGCAAGUGGCGACCGGGGGGAUGAAAAGAACCGUCAAACACACAUGAAUGGAGAGAGCGCUUCAGUGGAAGAUGUGCAUCUCCUUGAAUCGGAAGUAGCUUCCUGUAGAUGUGGGAGCAAACCAUGUGUGUGUAAAAGUGCAGCAGAGCAGGGCAGCAGUCGCUGUGGAGAUGAUUGCCAGAGUUUCCACCAGAGUGAGCAGAGAGGCGUCGAGGACAGACAUCUGGAUCCCCCACAGAUGCCCCUGAAACACUCACAGUCCAACGAUCUUACCAACAGGACCGCAGUCAGGCCCAGUGACCUCACAGGGCUGAGGGCCAUGGAAAUAAAGUCGCCCCCUAACCUCAGCGGCGCAUCUACGAGUGACAAAGACCCUUUAGAAAGCCAGACCAAGGCCUCAAAAAUUCCUAACUCUGGACUGGCCUUUGUGAAUAAGAAGAUGGUGGAGGUGGUGAACAUGUCUGUGUCCUGCGCCCCGACUUGUCUGCCGUUUUCAUCCGUCCUUAGAGACUCCCCCUCCGUCAGCGGCAUAUCUGCUCGCCAGGCUUCCUCGCCUAUUACCCAUCAGCCUCUGGGCUCCUUCGGUAUCAUCUCCUCAUCUUCUCUCAGCCCCUUGGCCAUGGAUGAGGAGACCAAUGAACGGAUGCUGAGUUUCUACAAAGCCAAAGAGGAGCUUCUGAAAGAGUUGAAGUUCCAGGCUAGCUUGUACAGCGACCUUCCUCUCCUGGCGUCAGAUCUGCCCUACUUCCCUCCUGAAGAGGACGACGAGGAGUUUGAAGACGGGAUACAUCUAGUGGUGUGUGUCCACGGUCUUGACGGCAACAGCGCGGACCUCCGACUGGUCAAGACGUUCAUUGAACUGGGCCUGCCGGGAUCCAGGCUCGACUUCCUAAUGUCUGAACGGAAUCAGGCCGACACGUUUGCAGAUUUCGACACCAUGACUGACCGACUCCUGGAUGAGAUCAUUCAGCACAUCCAGCUGUACAAUCUCACUAUUGGCAGGAUAAGCUUCAUCGGCCACUCCCUGGGCAACGUCAUCAUCCGGUCAGUGCUGACCAGGCCUCGCUUCCGCUGCUACCUGCCCAGGCUGCACACCUUCCUCUCUCUGUCCGGUCCACACCUGGGAACGCUGUACAACAACAGCACCUUGGUCAGCACAGGUUUGUGGUUAAUGCAGAAGCUGAAGAAGUCGGGAUCCUUGCUGCAGCUCACCUUCAGAGAUCACGUCGAUCCGCGGAAAACCUUCCUCUACCUCCUGAGUCAGAAACCAGGGCUGCAGUACUUCAAGAACGUGGUGUUGGUGGCGUCUCCGCAGGACCGAUACGUUCCGUUCCACUCAGCCAGGAUAGAGAUGUGCACCACUGCCCUGAAAGACCGGACCACAGGGCCCGUUUACACCGAGAUGAUCAACAACCUCCUGCAGCCAGUGGUGGAGGCCAAGGAGUGCCGCCUGAUCCGUCAGAACGUGUUCCACGCCCUGCCAAACACGGCCAACACCCUGAUCGGCCGCGCUGCCCACAUCGCCGUCCUGGACUCUGAGCUCUUCCUGGAGAAAUUCUUCCUGGUGGCAGGGCUCAACUACUUCAAAUAGAGGCAGUGGAACCACAGCUUCCCGGAACAGAGUGGAAAGUCUUAAGUUUUCUCAUUACUCUGUACAGUUCAUGUUACGAAUGUAAAAAAAAAAAUUUAUCCUCGUUAGCCAUCGUCCUGAAAGAAUUAGUGUGUUGUGACUGUUCCUGUUGAGAACUCAGAUGCGUGUGACAUGUAGAUGCCCAACACAAAACAUCUGAGGGCGACGAAGAGAGAAACGGGAGACGUUUUGUCUGCCUUGUGAGUACGCUCUCAGCCAGAAACACAGGCAGAAGCUAGCGGUGUCCCCUGCUUUCCCUUUAGACCUCAUUUAGAACAUUCUGCGUUCGCUGGUUGAUGAAUUCUUUCAGUAAGCGUCCCACCGUCUGUAGAACCAAUGCAAUAGAUGUGCGGCAUUUAACCCUAUGAUUGUACAUGGAGUAUGUUGCACAGGAAACAGCUCUUCCUUUAUACAAAAGAGAUAUAUUGUUUUAAAUUAUUUAUUUUUACGUAUCUACGGUGUAAGUAGUUCUUUUAAAUGUGAACUUCCGUGUCUUUGUGUGAACUCCAUUGACAUCGUUCCAUGUGCAGAGAGGUGGAACGGCCUGUAGCUGAAAACUGACUUCACUCAUAUCCAUUUGGCUCAGUUGUCUAAAUAUUGAGCAAAAAGUGAUUUUAUCUUUCUAAAGUCUUUUGCAUUUUCUCAUCAGCAAAUUCAUCAAAACCCACACCAGCCAACAAAGCUACUGAAAACACUAAUAACAAAGUGCUAGCAACCUUUCUCGAAGUCACAUUUAUAAAUAGCUGCCCAUUUAAAAAUGUUUAAAAAGAAAACUACAAGGGAGUAAAAUAACACUGAAUCUAAUAUCAAGGUUUCCAGGUUUGGCUAGAUGAUGUCGCCCUUGACGACAUAAUCAUCUAGGAAUGCAGGUGUUACACUCAACAUUUUAGAAACCAAAGCCCACAAAAGUUUUGGGUAACACAAACAAUGAUGCAUUAUAUUCCCAAAAGUCCUCGACACAAAUCAACUUUAGGGAGAACUUUUUUUUGUUCUUAAUUUAUAUGGUUUGACAUGUCAGCCUGGAGGAUAUUUGUAAGGUCAGACACUGGUGUUGACUAAAAAGCUUAUUAGUCUACAACCUAAGGGUUCAUUCACACCAGCCCUGUUUAGUUAGAUUGAGUCAAACUCCAGUUUGAUCCAGAAAACACAUCUCCACUGCUGAAAGAGAACAAGACGGUGAAAAGAACCUGAACUCGAUCUGUUUUUGAAUAAGCUUGGAGUUUUCUUUCUUUGUUAUACUGAAUUUUUUUGCACUUCGUCAUAGUAAGUGAAGCAUCCAGUGAAUGCUGGGACUUAAUUUUCUCCACUCUGAAGCAGGAUAUUUCUGAGUCGAUCCAGAGAUGAAAGAAAGUCUGUUACAAUAUGGGAUUUAUGCCUCUUAAACACCAUCCAUAUUAAGUAACUUUGACUUUCUAUAGCUCUGGUCCGAUAACAACAACUUCAGACAGAUUAAUCUAAAAGCAGAUGGUGAAAAUAAUUUAGGCUUUUCCAUCAUGAGGAUAUGCCUGUAGUCUGGCUGGUUGGAUUAAUCAGGAUUUAUAGAUGAGUAUCAUCAGCAUAACAGUGGAACCUUAUUGUUAUGCUGUGAUACUUUUACCAUGUGCAUUAUUUAUAUGUGCAAGUGAUCCAAACUCUAAACUCUGUGGUACUCCAUCUUGGUUUGCCAUCGACAUGAACAAACUGAAAUCGAUCACAGGUUGAAUGCAUCCAUCAGAUUCCUUCAAGAAUUCUGGAUGAGAACAAAAUAUUAGAUUUGGGAAGGUAAUAAAUGAAGGAGUAUCGAAUCUGAACAGACUGCAUUCUGAAGGUAUUUUAGUGCUAUAUUAAAUUCUGUAUUACUGUACAACUCUUAACACCUGGUGUUUACCUCCUAAGUGUGACUUUUAGGCCAUUUUGAAAGCGCAACAUUUUGCAGUUAACAUGCUGGCGGCUUCACUCAAAAACCCAAAAUCUGGAAAACUUUUGAAAGUUUUUCGGUUUGGUUCUGAAAUUCUUUUAUCAAAAAUAUGCUGCUUUGUGCAUUUCCUCUUCCAGUAUUUAUCUGAACAAUUUUGUCCAUCUGGUAGCUACUGAGGCUCGGACAGAGAGUUGAGCUGAUUAUUUAGUCCAAUUAUUUGUAGAAGCAUGAAUACCCCAAGCUAUGAGAUCAACCUAUUGUGAAGGAUCUCUAUUAGUUAUGAGAUAAACAGGCAGUCAACAGGCUCACUAAUAUAAUCACGCUCAUAUAAUGAGAGAAAGAAACAUGACUAAUUACUACAACAUUGUGGUCUAAUAGCCAUCAUUUUCCUAAUGAGCCAUUUUUUAAUGUCUCGAUUAAAAUCCUCCUUUGACGUCCACAGAUUUUUAAUAAGGGCAGAUUAGCAUUUCAUUGCUUUUCAUUUUUCAGGAAAUUUAAAUGAUUUUGAAUGAACUGCCACGACUUACCUACGUUGUCUUCUAAAUCAUCAUGAUGCAUAUCAAAAUGUCAUCAGCAUAAUGAGAGAUAUUUUUAUUAUUGUUAUUUCUUUGCUACAUGCGCGCUGCACGAUGUGGUUCUCAAGCGGUUUUGUGAAAACUCCCGUCCAUCAACAUGUCUGUCGUGUUGCGUUUACAUUUUCUGGAAACGGAAACGUUUCCUCAGGCAUUUCAUAUCCAGCAGCGCUGCGAGACACGGAUCUGCUGCGUAAUGUAUUUAUGUACAUACAGAGAGCUAUAUUUUAACCUUUGCACUGGUUUGUUGGCAAGUGCACUUUAUUGACAACCUUGAAUCAACCUCUACUAGCUUUAAAAAAAUACAAACAGCUUUUUGUGUGUGGUUACUGUUAGAAAAUUGCACUUGCUUUUUUUGGUCUGGAGGUUGUACCGUGUGGUUAUUGUGAGAGGUAAAGUCUGGUCUCAUCUGUUCGGCCAUCGUCUUGUUGUCAAAAAGUUGGCUGUCUUGCAGAACAACUGAUAACUUGACAAAGUGUUUAUUUUUCAUUGGAGUAGCUGUUACAUUGUGGGCAGCGAUAGUCACUAGCUCUGUUUCCAUUACAGAUAUGCACAAAUCUAUAAUAAUAUAUAAAAUCUAUAUUAUAUAAGUCUAUAAUCUGCUAAUGUCGCAAAAAACAUAAUUCCGCAAUUGGCAUUUCUGUUAAAUAAUAAAUGAAAUGAAAAUCGCACGUGUUCACGCCAUAAGUUUUCAAAAUUCAUGGAUGGGACAGAUGUAAGAAUUUACAUGAGAUGUAUUAAUAAUUCAGCGCUCGUCAUCGAUCAGCCAAUCAGAGGAGACGUCUUAUUCAGGUGUUGGAGCAACAAGCCCCGCCUCCUCGGGAGCGGGUACGCAGAAUGACACGGAUGUCUGAAAAACAAAAGUUUAGCAUCAUCUUCAACCUCAGUUCUGUUAUUACCUCUAACAUCUGGUUGCUGAUAACAUGACUCGUGAAAAAAAAAUUUUGACAACAGAAAAAAAAAACAGCUCAUCUUAGUGCAAAAACUUAUGGAGGAACACAAGUUUUUCUGAAUUGGCAUGUUUCUGUGAAGCAAAUUUAUUGUCGCAGUUUCGAUUUGAGCCGUUUUACGGUUAAUGGAAACGCAGCUGGAGACUCCAUUCGCACGGCCGCCGUUUUGAAGCAGAGACCGUCUUCAAAACGCCACAACGCGAAGCUGCCAUGCCUCAUUUUGCUACUCACACACCCCGAUACACACGCGCUCUCUGGAUGAGGCCCGAGCCUGCGUGAGUUCCAGGUCCCACGUGUUUGGCCACUAAGAAUAAAUCCAGAGAAAAAAAAAGGGCCGAGUGCGCCCUUCAAAGUCAGCUACAACACUUCCCUGCUCUGUUGGAAGGGUGAAUUGUCGCAAGGACUACAAAUUGACGUGAAGAUAGUUUUGAAAUCCGGUCAGACAGUGGAAAACAGUGUUUGCGACGUGCUGCUCAGUGGCUGUAAAACUGCGCUGAUGUUGCUAAUGGUGCAUUUUGACGUGUUCCCCAAACGCAGCUCAUCCUUUUCAGUUUCUCCGUCAACCUUCAGAACUUGAACCUCUCUGUAUUCAAUCGGCCUUUCCUGGAGUGCGUGGAUUAUUUAUGUGACAGAAGUGUUCUCUACACUGUUGGCUGGCGACCUUUCCUGUGUUUGAACUGAAUGUAAAAAAGUUUGAAGUCACUGUGAGGAACUUCCAUUGAUUUCUUGUUACUUACAUACAUGUAGAACUUAACUAUAGUAUUACAUCUGUGCCAAUAUUACUGAAAUAUUUUUAUAUGUUGCUGACCAUACUGUAUGUACUCUGAAGUAGCUUGUGUUCUAUGUAACAAAUUAAAAAUACUAUAUAUAUGUAUAUAUAUAUCAUAGUACUAUCCAAUGAAGUUAAAAAUAAAAAGCAUUCCUUUUGCAUUCCGUU